AUGAAUACAACAACCUCACUCAUUAUUCUAGCAUUAAUUAUCUCAAUUACCCUAAUUAUACUUAAUAACCAAUUGACUAUAACAAAACCAAAUAAUGAUAAAUUAUCCCCAUACGAAUGCGGAUUCGACCCAUUAAAAACUAUACGCCUACCAUUCUCAAUUCGCUUUUUCCUUAGUAGCAAUUCUAUUUCUGCUAUUUGACUUAGUAAAAUUGCACUCCUUCUACCCCUCCCAUGAGCCAUUCAAUUAAUAGCUCCUACAUACACCCUUACAUGAACUAUCACUAUCCUCCUCCUUCUUACAUUUGGUUUCAUUUACGAAUGAAUCCAAGGAGGACUAGAAUGAGCAUAA